AUGCCCUGUCCAAGGCUUCCUUGGCUCCGCCGCUCCCAGGCCCCUCAGGGCACCAGCCCCAGCUCCCCAGGCUCACCAGCUUCGCCUCACCCUGUGAGCAGAGGCCAGGACGAGGACGACGAAGAAGGGGAUGGCAGCCCGGGUUCUGACCCUAUCCUGUCCCCCGCGUCCCCUGUGGAAUGCCUCAUUUGCGUGUCGCCCUUCGACGGCAUGUUCAAGCUGCCCAAGUGUUUGGAUUGCGGCCAUGUCUUCUGUCUCGAGUGCCUGGCUCGCCUCUCACUGGCCACAGCCGGCGGCGGCGACGCAGUAGCAUGCCCGGUAUGCCGCGCUCCCACCCGGCUGGCCCCACGCCGUGGGCUGCCUGCCCUGCCCACGCAGCCGGGCCUGCUUCCCUGCGACGCACGCACUCCACUGCCACGGCAGGGCUCUGUGCGCUUCGAUCGCCGCCGCGGCCUGCUGUACCUGCGGCCGCCGCCGCCCCUGCCGGGGUCCCGCAAGGCCCGCGCCGCGCUCCCGCCCCCGCUGCGUCUCGGCCGCCCACUGUCCCGCCGCCUCUCGCUGAGCAGCCCGGCCUGGGCCUUCAACGCCGCCGUAGCGCUGGCCGUGCUGGUGGCUGCUGGCCUGGUAGUCUCGGGUGUCUACAUCUUCUUCCUUAUCCCGCACGCUGCCUCCUCAGGCCCUGCGCGACCCCAGCUUGUGGAACUCGCCCCAGCACCUUCCUUCUGGUUGCCACCACCAACUGCCCCGGAGGCGCCCUGGACCCCCGACUGGACAUCAAGCUCCACAGUCCCUGUCCUGGACUCUACCCUGCUGGGGGAGGUGGGAGAAAUGGAGGAGGCGCUGAAGGCGGCCAGGGAGGGCCUGAAGGAGCCUGCGGAAGCCUUCUGCCCUGAGGUGUCCAGGACUCUGACCCUCCUCAGCCAGGCCCUUCUGAAACAGAAUCACCGACUGUACGAGGAGAGGCGCCGCUCCCCGCCGCCCUGCUUCCUUGCGCCUUCCCGAGGGAGGCGGCUCCCAUCGUCCUCCAUCGCGUUUUUACCGAGGCGAGAGGGAGACCUGCCCUCGAAGCUUCUGCGGCGUUCGGACGUCGCGGCGCUCGGGGCGGGCGUGGCCGAGACCCGAUUCGGUGGCGUUUCUUUAUCAGCCAUUUUCGGGAUCUGGCUCUGCCCGCAGGUUCCAGUGGCCGAGGUGGCGCAGGUGCCAUUGAACCCAUUGUUGAAGGAGCGUGUGCGGCUGGAGGAUGUGGCUGUGUAUUUCUCCCAGGAGGAGUGGGGGCUGCUCAGUGGUCCCCCGAGGAGCCUGUACCACGACGUGAUGCUGGAGAACUUUGUGCUCAUCAGCUCACUGAGUAAGUCGCACACGUUGCACGUUGACUUCUCUCUCACUGCCCACUGA